AUGCCGCUGGGCCUGAAACCAUGUUGCGCUGUCUGCAAAACCAACUCGUCGUCGAUGUGGAAAAAAGGCAACCAGGGCGAUAUUUUGUGCAAUAAUUGCUCUGUUAAGAGCAGCACCGGCACGACUGGAAGCGGUGGUGGACCGUCAGGAGCAUCCACGUCGUCCAGCACUCAACCCAGCAAUGGCGGUGGCAAGCAGACCAAGCAGGAGAUCCACAGGAGGUCGGCACGCUUGAGGAGCACCAAGUACAAAGCCCCCGCAUCCGAAAAGAAAGUGUCCACCAAAGGCAAGGGCAGGAGACACAUUUUUAAACUAAAAAAUCCAAUCAAAGCGCCGGAAUCUGUCGCCACCAUCAUCACGGCAGAGUCUGUGUUCUAUAAGGGCGUGUACUACCAGAUCGGCGACGUUAUCAAGGUGACGGACGAAGACGACGGAAAGCCGUACUACGCCCAGAUCCGAGGAUUCGUUCAGGAUCAGUACUGCGAAAAGAGCGCCGCUCUCACUUGGCUCCUCCCCACGCAGGCCAGCCCCAAAGACCACUUUGACCCUGGGACCUUUAUAUUAGGUCCGGAGGAGGACCUGCCGAGGAAGAUGGAGUUCCUGGACUUUGUGUGUCACGCGCCGUCCGAGUACUUCAAGUCAAGGAGCUCGCCGUUCCCAACCGUCCCCGUGCGGCCGCAGAAGGGUUACAUAUGGACGCAUAUAGGACCCACGCCAGCUCUGGCCGUUAAAGAGUGCGUCUAA